UCGGGUAAAAGCCAAUCGAGUGCAAACAUCUACAAGAGGAAAGCAAGUUACUAUGUUAAGAGCGUUAAAAAUAUUAUGUAUUUUAUUAAAAGUGUUAAUACUAACAAGAACAGCCAUCACUUCCUCUUCGGAGGAUCAGGAGGCUCCUAUAGCUCAGGAUAUUCCAUCCUUCAAGAUUAUCCUUAUUCAUGACUACUUGUCAUCAAACGACGAAUCUGUUCAGUAUCAUUUUGAAAAUGUAUCCAUGAGAGAUGAAAUGGUAGUCCAGGAAGAAACUACACUAUCUCUAGAAAAUAAUCCAAGCGAGCCAACAUUUCCCAGGGCAUUCGUAGAAUUUAACGAUAUACUAAACAGAAAUGACAGUUUUGUAACAUUCAGAUGGAACAAACCUGAAUUUACGAAUGGAGUGAUACAAAAAUACAGAGUUCAGUAUUGGUUUAUCGAGAACAUGAAGAGAAUCCAAACCAGUGUAGAUAUUCCAGCUAACAAUAAAAUAUUGCAACAUAAAGCGUACAAUUUAAAACCUAAUACAAUGUACUAUUUCAAAGUACGAGCGCAUAAUAAAUUUAAUGCUGGCCCUUACACGAAAUUCAUCAACGUGUCGACCACGCAUGAGAAUCCGAUACCUCUAGUACUCGUCAGCAUGAUAAAUAAAAUGCAGAUAUUGGAUAUUGAUUUACAGAUCGGAAUUGAAAAAUAUAUUUAUUCAUCCUCUGAGCAACGAGAAAUUGUAUACUCAGUAUUGGAACAUAAGAGUUAUGGAUUUACUUCUGGAUAUACUGGUGGACGGAAGCUGGUAUCAUGCGAUUUUAAUGAAAAUGAAAUGGAAAAACUGCUUUCAAGCUGCACAAAAAUAAAUUAUACUAUUGACAAUAUUGCGGAUAAUCUUUGCAUUGAUUGGGUAGCAAGAAAUCUUUAUUGGAUCACAAAACAGGAAGUCUUGAUUCAAUUUUCCAAGAAUACUGUUCUUUCUGAGAGCAUUAAGUAUACCACCUAUACCACCUACUACAGCAUUAUGAAGUUAGACUUGACAUUAUUGCAAAUGGGCAUAUUCAAAUUAGAUACUAUUUUAAAAAGAUAUGAGCGUAUCACAUUUUUAAACGUACUGCCAUCUACAGGAUAUAUUUAUUGGACGGAAUUAAACUCGGAUACGCCGCAAGAUUACCAAUUUAUAAUAAUGAAAUCGGAUUUCGAUGGAAAAAACAUAACUCCUUUUUUGAAAAAUGAAGACAAUAUAUGCUUCUGCCCAUAUAAAUUAAUAGAAGUAGAUUCUUGUAUACAGAUUGACAACACAAAUGUUGACAACCCGGUAAUGUACUGGACAUCGAAAGAUCGCUUAAUAGCAGCUGACAUUCAUGGUUGUAGAUGCAACCUGAUUUUAAGCACUGGAAACAAUCAAACACUUUUCCAAUACUUAACGGUUGACAAGACAAAUAUUUACUUGUACAACGCAUACGAGAAUCUAAUCUAUAUUUUAAAUAAGAAAUAUGCUUUUUUCGAAAGCAAAGAAAACGCAUAUAAAUAUGUUCAAAAAGUAUAUCCUCCUCCAUCUAUUUACUCAAAACUAGUCACAGUGAUGAAUUGGUAUCAAUUCAAAGCUCUUGAUAAAUCUUUACAACAAUAUCCCUCAACGAGAUGUCUGACACCUAACUUAAAAGCAGAUUAUCGUGUUGAAAAAGAGACGAUAACAGUGAACAGUAUCACCGUGAACCUUCCGGAGGCGAUUCUCAAUGACGAAUGCAAAAAGUACAACUUAGCUACCACUAUAUAUACAAUCUCUGUGAACUAUUUGUCAUGUUUGGACAAUAAUUUUAACAAAUUCGAGGAAUUCCAGCUGCGCACGACCCUACGACAAUACGAAAUACCAAAUUUAAUGUCGUUCACAGAGUACACGUUGAAACUGGCACUGAGCAAUUUUUAUGUUGACAAAUUAUCGAUGGAUUUACACUUUGGCUCCAAUGUGAAACUGACAACUAUCAGAAAGCUCGACGCGCCGGCAGAUGUGACAGUACAUGUUCUAACGCCUACUUUGAUAGUAGUCUAUUGGAUGCCACCAAGAACAUUAAAUUGUGUGGCAGUGAAUUACGAGGUGCAUUGGAUAUCAGUACAUCUUCAAAAUAGCACGCGAAAAAUAAUUUAUCAGCACGACAAACAACUUGUCGAGCCCAAACGUACAAAAGGUGGCAAGUUUUCCACGAUAAUACAGUCGCUGUUGCCAGGACAAAAAUAUUUGAUAAACGUGCGUGUGUAUCCGAUCAACUUCAGCAACUUAUUCACUGACAGUGUGAACAAAACUAUUUACAUGUACUCAGAACCGAAUAAUUUAAAUUUGAUCAGGAUUAGUACGAAUGCAAUGACUAUCUCGUGGAUUCCUACUGUCGACCUGACGAGUCGUUACACGCUGGAAUAUAAAAAUAAUGCGACGCAUAAGUGGCAAAUUGCGAAUAACACUGAGAUGAAUAAUGGUAAAGUCAUGUAUUAUAUAGAUAAUUUAUUAUCGCGAACUUUAUACAAAUUUCGUUUAAUCCUGAAAUACCCUGAUUAUAUGGAAAACUUUAUAUGGCCAACUGAUGGAAAAGAAUUUACUUUUGAAACGCUUGGUAAUGUUCCGAGCGCUCCUGGGAUACCUACGAUAAUGAUACUUUCAAAUUUCAAGUAUCAAUUAAACUGGGAUCCUGCGCAAGCUCAUGAUGCGCCAGUGAUUUUAUAUCGGCUAGAGGGUUUAAUCGUCAAAGAUAAUCAGACCGACAAAAAUGAAUAUUGGAAUUUAUAUUAUAAUGGAACAAAUAAUUACUGGAUAAUUACAAAAGACAUAAAUCAGAAAUAUCGAUUUCGCGUGCAGGCUAAAAACGCUUAUGGCUUUGGAGAAUGGAGUAAAUCAAGUGUGGUCAUUGAUUCAAAUUUAAUAAAAUCUAUCGAAAUAUCAACUGCGCAAUACCUAUCAUAUCUAUACACUUACGUACCAUUAAUAUUAAGCCUGGUCUUUACGUUUGUAAUCUGUUGUAUUUACUAUUUUUACUGUUCAUAUCAACAACGCAAAGAGAACAAAAUAAUUGUGCCUGCAAUAAUGACAGCUCUCGAAUUAGCAGUUUUAAACGACAAUCCUUCCAUCAACAACUUCCAGUUUAACGCGCUAUAUGCUUCAAAAUUGCAAUACAAUCUAGGCGAGUUGGCCAUGACUAUAAUUGAAGAACAGCAAAUUAUUCUAGGAAAUUUCUUAGGUAGCGGUGCAUUUGGACAGGUAUUUCGAGGAACUCUCAAGAAUUUUGAAAGAUCAGACACAACACCUGUCGCCAUAAAAAUGUUAAAAGAAAAUGGUUCCUCGAAAGAGAAAAAGGAAUUCUUACGAGAGGCCAAAUUUAUGAACUAUUUUCGUCACAAACAUGUACUGAGAUUAUUAGGCAUCUGCGUGGACGCGGAUUCACCAAUGAUUAUAUUGGAAUUAAUGGAGGCUGGUGACUUACUGAAAUAUUUAAGAGAGAGUCGAACAUUGCAAUCGUCAGAUCCGCACGCUUUGCGUCUGCAAGACUUGUUCGCUAUGUGCGAAGAUGUUGCACGGGGUUGUCGCUACUUAGAAGAACUGCAUUUUGUGCAUAGAGAUCUCGCGUGUCGAAAUUGCUUAAUAUCGGCAAGAAAUCGUGAAAACCGUAUUGUAAAAAUCGGCGAUUUCGGAUUAGCUAGAAAUCUUUACAAGGAAGAUUAUUACCGCAAGAAAGGGGAAGGCCUUCUCCCUGUUCGCUGGAUGGCCCCGGAAUCUUUGAUGGACGGAAUAUUUACUUCACAAAGCGAUGUUUGGGCAUUUGGAGUACUGAUGUGGGAAAUUAUGUCAUUGGGUGAACAGCCUUAUUUUACCAAAAAUAAUUUAGAAGUAGUGCAGUAUGUGUCUGCGGGCGGUAAGCUGUCGAAACCUCUCAACUGUCCACCAAUGUUGUUCCAGUUGAUGCUGCAUUGUUGGACUGCGGCAAACAAUAGGCCAAAUUUCAUACAUUGUCUCGAAAAUAUCAUAACAUUGAGAGACAACAUAGAAGACGUGAAACUGAUUUGAGUUCGAUAGUUAAUUUAAAAUAUAUUAACAAUAAUAAUAAUAUGUAUGAUUAA